AUCAACAUAGAAAACAAAAUGGCUCCAUCCAGUGAGUAAUAACGUGAACGGAACGAGAUGUGGAUAUGUGCCAGUGAGGGAGAUGGGGAGAUACGAUAUCUCUGUAGAUGAGUGGGAAUCACACUGAAUGUAAAGACCCAUUUCAAGAGACCAGAGGAACCACAGAGAAGUUUUAAAUUAAAGAUGGCUCGAACAAGAGCUCAGUGAUGGAAGAUGUUUGUAAUGCAAAGAGACCACGUAUGGCCAUAUUGUUUCCCAUAGAGUAAUAGUCACUUUCAGUAUGAGCAAGAUGGCAACCAAAAUGAAGUCUUCCGUUGAAACUAUACAUUGCACCAACAACAAAUCUUCACUCUAUGUACACCUACACAUACUCUAUCCAAACAAGCACCCCAAGAUGAUAUGUACUAACAAUAUUAUAGCUAAAGCUGCUUCUGCUAAGAAGGCUGUUGUCAAGGGUUCUAACGGUUCCAAGGCCUUGAAGGUGCGUACCUCCACCACCUUCCGUCUUCCAAAGACUUUGAAGCUUACCCGUGCUCCAAAGUACGCUCGUAAGGCUGUUCCACACUACCAAAGAUUGGACAACUACAAGGUCAUUGUUGCCCCAAUUGCCUCUGAAACCGCUAUGAAGAAGGUUGAGGAUGGUAACACCCUUGUUUUCCAAGUUGACAUCAAGGCCAACAAGCACCAAAUCAAGCAAGCCGUCAAGGAUCUUUACGAGGUUGACGUUUUGGCUGUUAACACUUUGAUCAGACCAAACGGUACCAAGAAGGCUUACGUCAGAUUGACCGCUGACCACGAUGCUUUGGAUAUCGCUAACAAGAUUGGUUACAUUUGAAUAAUGGGAUUUGUAUAAGCUUUAAAAAAAAUCAUGAAUGUUUUUAAUCGGUUAACGAAAUUGGAGAGAAAAGGAAACACUAUACUACGUAGAUCUUCUGUAAAGCAUAACAUCAC